AUGGGUGAAGCCACAUCAUUCAUUCCGUACUUCCGCGACCCUAGCAAUGUCCUAGUCUUUAAGCUAGAUGUCAUGUUGCUUGCAUGGAUGUUCCUGGCAGGCAUCAUGAAGGAGAUGGACCAGUCUGCCACAACCCAAGUCUACGUCUCGGGGAUGAGAGAGUCCUUGAGCCUUUACGGUAAUGAGCUUGUUGAAUUCAAUACAUUUUUCUCUAUUGGAUAUGCGCUGGGCUUGGUACCUGGACAGUUGAUUCAGACGAGGUUCCGGCCUUCAAUGUUUCUCCCAUUCUGCGAGAUGAGUUGGGGACUCCUGGUCCUCUUCACAUACAAAGCCCCUAAUGCGCAAACCAUCUUCGGACUCCGGUUCUUCCUCGGCCUCUUUUCAUCCGCCUUUUGGCCCAGUGUCGUCGCCCUUAUCUUCAACUGGUAUACUCCCGCCGAGCUCGCCGUCCGAGUUGCCUGCUUCACAGUCUGCGAUGUCGCCGGCGCGAUGUUCCUCGGGGCUCUCCAAGCCGCCCUAUUCCGGGAUAUGAACGGCGUCCACGGGCUCGCUGGCUGGCAAUGGCUCUUCAUUAUCGCCGGUUCCGUCACAGUGGGCCAAGGUCUCAUUGCCUUCGUCACCGUGCCCGACUCGCCGGCGAAUACACGCGCCAUCUAUCUCACCGAGAACGAAAAGCGCCUGGCUCGCGAAAGGAUGGGUAACUCUGGCGUCAACACAUCCAAGCGCAUUCCGGCAUCGGUGCUCCGCCAAAAGCUGCGAAAGCUCAUUGUUCACCCAGUCACAUAUUUCUGUCUCUUCUCAUUUGCCUUUGGGGCUUGGGCUCAUCGGGCGAAUUCGUAUUUUGUGUUGUACCUCGAAAGCAUCAAGGACUCAGCUGGCAACCGCGUUUACGACACGUAUCGAGUCAACAUCCUACCCCUGGGCGGGUACGCCUUGCAGAUUGUCACCAAUAUUGGUCUCAACUGGCUUUCCGACUGGAAGCGUUGGCGUUGGCAGAUAAGCGUCUUCUCUGCCGCUGCUCACGGCAUCUGUCUGGCCGUUCUGUGCGGAUGGCCAUCUAACCAUAAAAUUUUACGCAAAGAGCCUGAGGCUCGAUCAAUCAUCGUGGCAUUGACUGUCACCGUUGUCUACGUUGGCCACGCGACUAUACCCCUUGGAGCGUUCCGUGUUGCAGACGCUCCGAGGUAUCCCAUUGGUUUCCCUCUGACAACUGCGUUCACUGUAGCAACAAUCUUGGUUCAGCUGGGUAUGUUAUGGUGGUAUAGGCGGCACCCGGAGAUGGCCGAGUACGGGUACGAGCCUGCCAUCAGUGCCCAGGGUUUGUCGGACGAGGAGAACGCUAAGAUUACCGAAUAG